GCUGAGAGCAAGGGUCGUGGGGUUUCCCGUACUGGAGGUGCUUUCCCUAACUGGGAGCAAUGGUUUGCCAGAGCUAUGCAACUGGUUUUUACACCUGAAAUCGAUGAAAGGAUUCCUCUUUGCUAAGCUGUAUUUUGAAAUAAAAGAAUAUGAACUUGCUAAAAGAUACAUAUCUACAUACCUCAAUGUACAAGAGAGAGAUCCCAAAGCACACAGAUUUCUUGGACAAAUUUAUGAAGCUGAGGAUAACAUAGAAAAAGCUUUUGGGUGUUACAAGCGAUCUGUGGAGUUGAACCCAACACAGAAAGAUCUUGUAUUGAAGAUUGCAGAGUUACUAUGCAAUAAUGACAUCACUGAUGGAAGAGCAAAAUACUGGGUUGAUAGAGCUGCUAAGCUCUUCCCUGGGAGUCCUGCUAUUUACAGGUUGAAGGAGCAGUUACUGGAUUGUAAAGGUGAAGAUGGGUGGAACCAGCUUUUUGACUUGAUUCAAGCAGAACUUUAUGCAAGACCAGAUGACGUCUACAUAAACAUCCGACUAGUUGCACUCUACCGUUCAAAUAAUAGAUUAAAAGAUGCUGUGCUCCAUUGUCAGGAGGCAGAGAAGAAAAUACCUUUGCAGUCAAGCUUGGAAUGGUGUUCCUGUGUUGUAGAGACAUUUGAGGAAUAUCUGGAAUCUUUACAAGACUUGGAAUCUGAUAAAAAUAACUGGAGAAGUAUCAAGAAAGAUCAUCUGCUGGCCUAUUCCAGCUUUGUCAAACUCACACUUUCUUCUAGAGAUGUUCAGGAGUGCAGAGAGGCACUUGAAAGUUUUGACCGAGCACUUCAGUCAGUGAAACCGUAUGUGAAUGGGGCUGAUGAGUUGUAUCGUACCUAUGUGGAAAUGAAAGGACAGCUGUACAUGCAUGCUGGAACUUUGCUGCUGAAAAUGGCCCAACACAAUGAGGCACAGUGGAGAGCUGUGUGUGAACUAGCAGCAUUGUGUUAUCUCAUAAGUUUCCAGGUUCCUCAACCAAAGUCAAAACUAAUAAAGGGGGAUCAAACUGGACAAGAUGUGCUAGAAAUGAUGGCCUGUGAUCGAAAAAGCCAGUCUGGUCAUAUGCUGCUGAACUUAAGCCAUGGCAAGCAAGACUUCUUUAAAGAGAUUGUGGAAUCAUUUGCAAACAAGAGUGGUUCAUUUACGUUGUUUGAUAGCCUGUUUGAGAGUGGAGCUUCAAGGGAGAGAUCUUUUAUUGGCACAGAUGAUAUUGGAAAUAUCAGUACACAAGCACCAGUGCAAGUGGAACUCAAUAAAUACGAUAUUGGUGCUGUUCGAAUGCACAAUGGCAGUCUCCAGCACCUCGUGUGGCUUGGCUUGCAAUGGAACUCCAUGUCAGUCUUGCCCCCGAUGCGCAAGUGGUUAAAACAGCUUUUCCACUUGCCUCAGGAAACAUCAAGACUUGAGACAGAUGCUCCUGAAUCCAUUUGUUUGUUAGACCUUGAAGUAUUCCUACUUGGGGUGGUAUUCACUAGCAACCUGCAAUUGCAAGAGAAGUUUAAUUCUCACUACAGUGCACAUCAGCCUCAAUUCUUACCAUUGCCAGUGUGCAAACAACUCUAUACUGAAGACCAAAGAUCCUGGUGGGAUGCUGUUCGUACCCUUCUUCAGAGAAAAUCAAUACCAGGAACAGCAGCAAAACUGAGGCUUACUGUACAGCGUGGCAUAAGUACUCUGCGGACACUGGAGAAGCAUGGCCUGCAACCUGCCUUAAUCAUACAUUGGGCAAAAAGCUUGCAAAAAACAGGAAUCAACCGGAACUCUUUCUAUGACCAGAAGGAAUACAUUGGACGAAGUGUCUAUUACUGGAAGAAAGUUUUGCCUAUGCUGGAAAUUAUCAAAAAGAAGAGGAGUAUUUCUGAACCUACUGAUCCUCUCUUCAAACACUUCCAUAGUGUAGACAUUCAGGUCUUUCAGGUUGCAGCAUAUGAAGAAGAGGCACAUAUAGCAUUUGCCAUGUUGGAUGCAGUUGAUGGCAAAACUGAUGAUGCUUUGUUAGCAUUUGAAGCUAUUGAGAAUGUGGUUUCAUACUGGAAUCUUGCCAUGAUUUUCCAAAGGAAGGCAGAAGAGAUCGAAAAUGAUGCCAUGCUGCCAGAAGAACACGAGGAGCACAAAACUUAUCUUCUUAAAGCCAGGUAUUAUCUAAUGAAGAUCAUUGCGGAAAGCUCCUCAGAUAUGUCAGUAACUGAGAAACUGCCCGUGUCUAUUGAAACUGUGAGGGAAGUGCUAGAUACAGUGAUCCAGGAACUUGGCGAGAAUGUUGAAGAGGGAAGUCCUGCCUUCAGAAAUGGUCUGUCACGAACUGUAGAUUCAGCAACGAAACAUUCCACUCCAUCACCAACUAAGUUCUCUCUUUCUCCAACUAAGAGCUACAAGUUUUCUCCUAAAACUCCUCCUCAGUGGGCAGAAGAUCACAAAUCUAUACUUCAAAUGAUUUGUCAACAAGUGGAAGCUUUGAAGAAUGAAAUGCAAGAAAUGAAACUUAACAAUUCCAACACAAAUGCAUCUUCUCGCUGGUCUGCUGAAAACUAUGGAACAGAUACAAUGCCAGACGGUUAUCAGAGAGCACAAAAUCUUCAUGAAGCACCAUUAACAGUUGCUACCACUGGUCCAUCUGUGUUCUACAGCCAGUCUCCUGCCUAUAACUCUCAGUAUCUUCUCGGAACUGCCGCAACCAAUGUAACACCAACAAAGCCUCCUGUCUAUGGCAUGAACCGACUUACACCUCAGCCACAUAUAUAUUCCUAUCAACCACCAAUGCAUACACCACCUCUGCAAAACACUUCUGGUUGUAUGUUUUCCCAAGAAAUGUACGGCCCACCUCUACGUUUUGAUUCUCCUGGUACUGCGCUCAUUUCUCCUCGUGCGGGUGAUGACUAUUACAAUUACAGCGUUCCACAGGCAAGCACAAAUCCAACAUUGCCUAAACCAGGCUAUUUCACAAACCGUUCAGUCACGCCACCAACUUUAAAGCCCGCAGAAUCAAAAGUGAUGCCUAAAUUUGGACAGCCGGGAACAACUGAAGGAUCAAAAACACCUCUGCCAACACCAGCACAGCCAAGUCAGACACCAACUUUUAAAUUUAAACCUAACUUCAAGUCUAAUGAUGGAGACUUCACCUUUUCUUCUCCCCCUCAAGUAGCACCACAGCCUCUUAAUGCACCUUAUAAUAGCAGAGAAAGCCUCUUGGAUCUUCUGACAUCUGAUAAACCUUUACAGGAUGAUAGAUACGUUGAACAAAAGCCAGUUAAUGAUCACACAAAUAGUUCAAGAAAUAUCUUCAAUUUUAGCAAUAAGCAUAUUCCAGGCAUCUCUCUUAGAGAGAACAUGGGACAAAAUGCACACAAAAACCUGGCUUUUGAGAAGAAUGAUACAUUUAGUGUUCAAGAACCAAGCAAACCUGUAUUUAUGACUUCAAAUUCAGAUUUGGCGAACAGAAGUCAUGAAACAGAGGGAGGAAGCAACCAUGGUGGAGAUGAGGAUGAUGAUGGUCCUCAUUUUGAUCCUGUGGUGCCACUCCCUGAUAAGAUUGAAGUAAAGACAGGUGAGGAAGAUGAAGAAGAGUUCUUCUGCAACAGAGCCAAGCUCUUUCGUUUUGAUGCAGAAUCUAAAGAAUGGAAAGAAAGGGGAAUUGGAAAUGUGAAAAUACUGAAACAUAAAGUAUCUGGCAAAUUUCGUCUCUUAAUGAGACGAGACCAAGUGCUGAAAAUCUGUGCAAAUCACUACAUAAAUACUGAUAUGAAAUUAACUCCAAAUGCUACAUCAGAUAAGUCAUUCGUAUGGCAUGCUUUAGAUUAUGCAGACGAGUUGCCAAAACCAGAACAGCUCGCAAUUAGAUUUAAAACGCCCGAGGAAGCAAUGCUUUUCAAAAAAAAGUUUGAGGAGGCCCAGAAUAUUUUAAAAUCCCUGGGAUCAAAUGCUGACGCAUCUGUGACUCAGAAUAGUGGAACCGCAAAAGAAACAACAAAUCAGGACAUCAAGGAGCCUAGCACAUCCAUUUCUGGAACCCUGAAUUUGAGCUUUCAGUUCCCGAAAGAUGGGGUGAGCAGUGAAUCUGACAGCAAAAGCAGCCUUACAGCUACAUCAGCUGCAUCUGGCCCUACUAUUUCAUUUGGAAAGGAUGCUCAGCAAGCCUAUUCUUCUGGUGGGUUUGGGCAGCAUCUCAUGAAGAAGGAUCAGUGGGAGUGUAAAGUAGGUUUAGUUCCAAAUGAAGCAACUGCAAAGAAUUGUGUAUCGUGUCAAAAUCCAAAUGAAGAUGUGUGGGAAACACAUGACGCCCCAUUAACUGGCUCUGUAAGUUUCAAAGCCAGUGGUAACACAGUGCAGGACAAAUUUGGAUCUGCUUUUGCUAAAAAGGAAGGUCAAUGGGACUGCAGUGUCUGUUCAGAAAGAAAUGAACCCACUGCCUCCAAGUGUGUUGCCUGCCAGAAUCCAAACAAAAGUAAUACAGGAGUAUCUAGUCAACAAACUUCUGCUAAGUUUGGCCAAGCAAUUGCUCCAAAGGCUAUUCAAAAUGACUUGAGUACUGCUUUUUCUAAAAAAGAAGGUCAGUGGGACUGCUCUGUAUGCCUAGUCCGAAACGAAGCAAAAAAUGUGAACUGCUGUUCUUGUCAGAGUCCUAACCCUCAGAAUCAACCAAAUAUGCCUAUACCUACUGUUCAGGCAUCCCCUGCUCCUGGGUUUGGUUCCAUUGCUGAUACAAGUAAGCCACAGAAAAAUGGGUUUGAAGGGCUUUUUACUAAAAAAGAAGGGCAGUGGGAUUGUAGUACUUGUCUUGUGAGGAAUGAAGGAUCUUCACCAGCCUGUGUAGCCUGCCAGGCACCAAAUCCAUCUGGUAAGCCAGCUGGUGAUGCUUUGUCAGCUCCUCCUUUUGGCUUGAAAAGUAAAUUACCUGAACUUGAUGGAGGACAGUUGGGAACAGGCUUUAAGUUUGGUCUUGAGCAAGGCAAGACACCAUCGUUUACAUUUCAGAUUUCUUCUGAUACUGAAUCUAAGUCUGCAAAGGAAGGAUUUAACUUUUCAAUGCAAGUGCCUGCAGGUGGAUUUAAGUUUGGGAUACAGGAAUCUAGUAAAAAUACCACUAAGAAAGAUGAUCCAUCCAAAGAGUGUACAACUGGCUUCUUAAAAAGCACUGAUGAAAAAGACAAAAAGGAACUGCCUUCAGAUAGUAGAAUUGGAUUCCAAUUUCAAGAAACAGCAGACAAGGAGAAAGGUGACUUUGUUUUUGGGCAAAAUAGCACUUCCACUUUUGCGGAGCUUGCAAAAAGUACUCCUAAGGCAGGCUUUCAAUUUGGCAAAAAGGACCCUAACUUCAAAGGCUUUUCAGGUGCAGGUGAAAAGCUGUUUUCUACACAGAAUUCUAAAAUGGAUCACAAAGCAAACACAUCUGCUGACCUUGGUGAGAAGGAUGAUAUCCAUUUUGAACCUAUAGUUCAGAUGCCUGAAAAAAUAGAACCAUUUACAGGAGAGGAAGAUGAGAAAGUGUUAUACUCCCAAAGAGUAAAGUUGUUCAGGUUUGAUCCAGAAACAAGCCAGUGGAAAGAACGUGGGGUCGGCAAUCUGAAGAUUCUUAAAAAUGAAGUUAACGGGAAAGUAAGAAUAUUGAUGCGUCGUGAGCAGGUACUGAAGGUGUGUGCAAAUCACUGGAUAACAACAACAAUGAACUUGAAACAGCUCUCUGGCUCAGACAAAGCAUGGAUGUGGAUGGCCAAUGACUUCUCUGAUGGUGAUGCAAAGUUGGAACAUCUGGCAGCAAAAUUCAAGACACCAGAGCAGGCUGAGGAGUUCAAACAGAAGUUUGAAGAAUGUCAGAGGCUACUGCUAGACAUACCACUGCAGACACCCCAUAAACUUGUUGAUACAGGUAGGACAGCUCAGCUUAUACAGAAAGCAGAAGAAAUGAAGUGUGGCUUAAAAGAUCUCAAAACUUUUUUGACAGAUGACAAGACUAAACUGUCAGAAGAGGAAAAUGUCAACUCUGUUAGUGCCAGCAGUACUUCUGAUCUGGUUAUAAAGCCACAUGCUGAAAGUACUGGCCCUACUCUGGAAUGGGAUAACUAUGACUUGCGUGGAGAAGCAUUGGAUGAUAGUGUAAAUAGUUCUGUAUAUGCAACACCUCUUGCAAGUAGCCCUGUAAGGAAAAAUCUGUUUAGAUUUGGAGAGUCUACCACUGGUUUUAGUUUCAGCUUUAAAUCUGCCUUGAGCCCGUGCAAAUCUCCUGCCAAACAGAAUCAAAGUAGAACAUCAGUAGGCACAGAUGAAGAUUCUGAUGUUACUCAAGAAGAAGAGAGAGAUGGACAGUACUUUGAACCUGUGGUGCCUCUGCCUGAUCUUGUGGAGGUGACUAGUGGUGAGGAAAAUGAGCAAGUUGUCUUCAGUCACAGAGCUAAGCUCUACAGAUAUGACAAAGAUGCAAAUCAGUGGAAAGAGAGAGGUAUUGGGGAUAUCAAGAUAUUACAGAACUACGACAACAAACAAGUGCGUAUAGUAAUGAGAAGGGACCAGGUACUAAAACUCUGUGCCAAUCAUAGAAUAACACCAGAUAUGAAUUUGCAGCAGAUGAAAGGAUCUGAUAGAGCAUGGGUGUGGACUGCAUGUGACUUUGCAGACGGUGAAAGGAAAGUAGAACUUCUAGCUGUGCGAUUUAAGCUGCAAGAUGUUGCAGACUCAUUUAAGCAAACUUUUGAUGAAGCUAAGCGUGCCCAAGAGAGAGAGACACUGAUAACACCUCUUUCUUCUCGUGCCAAUACACCUAAGGAAUCUCCAUGUGGUAAAAACGCUGUAGCUGUGCUAGAAGAAACGACCAGAGAAAGAACUGACCUCAGCCAUGGUGAUGGUACUUCUGAUGUAACUGUAGAGGCUGCAGAGGUGUCAAACACUUCUGAAACACCAACAAAAACAGUGGUUUCUCCUCCAAAGUUUGUAUUUGGAUCUGAAUCUGUCAAGAGCAUUUUCAGUAAUGAAAAGUCAAAGACAUUCACGUUUGGAAAUACUUCAGCCACUGGUUCGCUCUUUGGCUUCAGUUUUAAUCCUCCAAAAAAACCUGAAAGCCAUAUUCCAGCAUCUCAGAACACAGCACAAAAAGAACCAGAAGUCUCUGAACCACCGAAAAGCUCUAAUGCUACUCAGAAGCCUGUAGAUAGCAAGGUAGACGACUUUCCUACUACAACACAAGAUGGUCCCUCUAACUUCUCAUUUAGAAUUCUGGAAAAAGGAUUUAAUUUUAGCCUUUUUAAAUCUAAUCCAAUGGCCUUUUGGACAAGCACAUCCUCCUUGCAACCUGAUAGUAAAGCUGAGAAGACAACAGUGUCAGAAGACAAUCUUUCAUCUGAUGAUGUUAUAAUAGUUUAUGAGUUAACACCUACCCCUGAACAGAGAGCUCUCGCUGACUUUCUCAAACUCCCUUCAACAUUCUUCUGUUACAAGAAUAAGCCUGGAUAUGUGAGUGACGAGGAUGAUGAUGAAGACUAUGAAACAGCUGUUAAGAAACUUAACGGAAGACUGUAUCCCAGUGAUUCAGAAGAGAAAAAGAAACAGCAAGAUCCUGUUAAAGUAGGCAUUGCAGGAAAAAGCAAAUUCAGCAGUGAAAGAAAAUGUGCUGCUACUUGGGAAAAGAAACCAACUCCUGAGGAGAAAGCUAAAGCAGAAGCUCAGCAGGUUCCUUCUACAUCUGUCUGUGGUGUCAGCAGUGAUACUGAACAUAACAGUCCAGAAGACUUAAAGUCAGAAGCUAAAAUUCAAGAAACAAAAGAGAAUGAGGUUGCAAGCUCAAGUGACUUAGUCUGUACCAGUAAGGAAGAAAUGCCUCCUCCAUCAACCAAUGAGGUGACAGUAUUUGUCCAGUCAGCUACCAGCAGUGAAGAAACAGAUUCCAGCACAGAAACAGUGCAAGUAUUGCAGACUUCAUCCCGAGCUGAUGACACACCUGUAGACCUGUCAACUAAAAAGAGUGAUUCAGACAGUUUGGAGUCAACACAAGGUAAGGUCAGAGAAAACAGAGUCAUCUCAUUUGGUUUUGGCAAUACUGCAGGCCUGUCAUUUGCAGAUCUGGCUUCCAAAAGCUCUGGAGAUUUCGCUUUUGGCUCAAAAGAUAAAAACUUCAAAUGGGCAAAUACAGGAGCAGCUGUGUUUGGAGACACUGCCCGUAAAGCAGAUGAAGAUGAAGGUGGUAGUGAUGAUGAGGUGGUACACAGUGAUGAUAUCCACUUUGAGCCAAUUGUGUCUUUACCAGAGGUGGAGGUAAAAUCUGGAGAAGAAGACGAAGAGAUUCUCUUCAAAGAGAGGGCAAAACUCUACAGAUGGGACAGGGAUGCUACUCAGUGGAAGGAGCGUGGUGUUGGAGAGAUCAAGAUCCUCUUCCAUACACAGAAGAAAUACUAUAGAGUCCUAAUGAGAAGAGACCAAGUGCUUAAGGUCUGUGCAAACCAUGUCAUCACCAAAGAAAUGAACUUAGUGCCCUCUGAUACAUCAAACAAUGCUUUAAUUUGGACAGCCACAGAUUAUGCUGAUGGUGAAGUAAAAGUUGAGCAACUUGCAGUCCGAUUUAAAAGCCAAGAAAUGGCUAAUUCUUUCAAGAGGAGGUUUGAAGAAUGCCAGCUAAGCUUGUCAGAACUACAGAAGGGGCACUUAUCUCUGGCAGCAGGACUGUCAAAGGACACUAACCCUGUUGUGUAUUUUGAAGUUUCUGCUGAUGAUGAACCUUUAGGACACAUAACCAUGGAGCUGUUUUCAAAUAUUGUCCCAAGAACUGCUGAAAAUUUCAGAGCCCUGUGCACAGGAGAGAAAGGAUUUGGAUUCAAGAACUCCCGCUUUCACAGAAUAGUCACCGACUUUGUGUGUCAGGGAGGAGAUAUAACUAACCAUGAUGGAACAGGUGGCCAGUCAAUUUAUGGAACAGCAUUUGAAGAUGAGAAUUUUGAAGUGAAACACACUGGUCCUGGAUUGUUGUCAAUGGCAAAUAAGGGCAGGGAUACAAAUAAUUCUCAGUUCUUCAUAACACUUAAAAAAGCAGAACACUUGGACUUCAAGCAUGUUGUAUUUGGGUUUGUGAAAGAUGGAAUGGAUGUCGUGAAAAAGAUUGAAUCCUUCGGUUCUCCUAAAGGGCUAGUAAAUGCAAGAAUUGUCAUUACAGACUGUGGGCAAAUAUAGAAUUAUUUCUUUCAGUAAACAAAUGUUUUAGCGGUAUAAAUCAGUACUUAGAUGUUAUUGACUAAUUAUUUCAACUUCUUAAAAUGGACACUUCUGAUGUAUAAAUGUAAAAUUACAGGUUAUAGUUGGAUUUUUUUAUGUGUUCUAAUUGAUUUUUUUGCAUGUUAAAUAAAGUUCAGGCACUGGCAUAUUUCAGGUGUAUUUGUGUUAUCCUGACAUAUUUGUAUUAAGUGUCAAAUUUUAAAAAUAAAAUCCUAGUCUUGUUAAAAUAAA